GAAGAACUACAUUUCCCAGCAGGCCGUGGGCACCAGGGCGCCAGUCUUCCUUUCCGGCGCGUGCGGAGCCGUGGCUGGCUCCCGGUGUGCAGGAGGACACAUGGAUCCCGCUGGCCGGUGGCAGAGCCUGCCCAAGGGGCCUAGCUUAAAGCAUUUAACUGACCCGUCUUAUGGGAUCCCGCGGGAGCAGCAAAAGCCAGCUUUGCAGGAUCUGACGCGGGCGCAUGUCGAGUCCUUCAACUACGCUGUGCGCGAGGGACUCAGCCAUGCGGUGCAGGCUAUACCUCCCUUUGAAUUCGCUUUCAAAGAUGAGCGGAUCUCUCUUACUAUUGUGGACGCUGUCAUCAGUCCGCCCAUGGUUCCAAAAGGAAACAUCUGCAAAGAGCUCAAUAUUUAUCCAGCAGAAUGUCGGGGCCGGAGGAGUACAUACCGGGGCAAGUUGACAGCUGACAUCAGCUGGGCAGUGAAUGGAAUCUCAAAAGGCAUCAUUAAACAGUUCCUUGGUUAUGUUCCCAUCAUGGUGAAGUCCAAGCUUUGCAACUUAUACAACCUUCCUCCAAAAGCCCUCAUUGAGCACCAUGAAGAAGCAGAGGAAAUGGGAGGCUAUUUUAUAAUCAAUGGCAUUGAAAAAGUCAUCCGAAUGUUAAUUAUGCCUCGGAGAAAUUUCCCCAUUGCAAUGGUAAGACCAAAAUGGAAAAGCAGAGGGCCUGGCUAUACUCAGUAUGGAGUUUCAAUGCACUGUGUGAGGGAGGAGCAUUCUGCUGUCAACAUGAACCUUCACUACCUGGAAAAUGGCACGGUUAUGUUGAACUUCAUUUAUCGGAAAGAGCUGUUUUUUCUUCCUUUGGGAUUUGCACUGAAGGCACUUGUCAGCUUCUCUGAUUACCAGAUUUUUCAGGAGCUCAUCAAAGGCAAAGAGGAGGACUCUUUCUUUAGGAACUCCGUUUCCCAGAUGUUAAGGAUCGUAACGGAAGAGGGUUGUUCCACCCAAAAACAGGUCCUCAGCUAUCUAGGUGAACGCUUCAGAGUGAAGCUCAGCCUCCCUGACUGGUAUCCAAAUGAACAGGCUGCGGAGUUUCUGUUUGACCAGUGCAUCUGUAUCCACCUGAAAUCCAGUACUGAAAAGUUUUACAUGCUCUGUCUCAUGACCCGGAAGCUCUUCGCUUUGGCCAAAGGAGAGUGCAUGGAGGAGAACCCUGAUAGUUUAGUGAACCAAGAAGUCCUCACCCCUGGGCAGCUCUUCCUUAUGUUUCUGAAGGAAAAAAUGGAAGCUUGGUUAGUGUCUAUAAAAAUAGCUCUAGACAAGAGGGCUCAGAAGGCCAAUGUGUCCAUAAACACUGAAAAUUUGAUGAAGAUUUUUAAUAUGGGAACAGACCUUACAAAGCCGUUUGAAUAUCUUUUUGCUACUGGGAAUCUGCGUUCGAAAACAGGUCUUGGCUUCCUGCAAGAUUCUGGACUUUGUGUCGUGGCUGAUAAGCUGAACUUCAUACGCUAUCUCUCCCAUUUCCGCUGUGUGCACAGAGGGGCUGAUUUUGCCAAGAUGAGGACCACCACGGUACGCAGGCUGCUGCCGGAGUCCUGGGGUUUCCUGUGUCCCGUGCACACCCCAGACGGGGAGCCCUGCGGCCUGAUGAACCACCUGACUGCUGUGUGCGAGGUCGUCACGCAGCUUGUAUAUACGGCGUCUAUUCCAGCGUUGCUGUGCAGCUUGGGGGUCACCCCAGUUGAUGGAGCUCCACUUCGGCCGUACAGCCAGUGCUACCCUGUCCUGCUGGACGGCGUCGUGGUUGGCUGGGUGGACAAGGACCUUGCUCCUGGCGUGGCAGAUUCUCUCCGGUGCUUUAAGGUGUUGAGAGAAAAAAGAAUUCCUCCCUGGAUGGAGGUGGCCCUCAUCCCCAUGACAGGAAAACCGAGUCUGUACCCAGGGUUGUUCCUGUUUACCACUCCUUGUAGACUGGUGCGGCCUGUGCAGAACUUGGAAUUAGGCAAAGAGGAACUAAUCGGAACUAUGGAACAGAUCUUCAUGAACAUUGCCAUCUUUGAGGAUGAGGUUUUGGCUGGAGUUACCACUCACCAGGAGCUCUUCCCUCACAGCCUGCUGAGUGUGAUCGCCAACUUCAUCCCCUUCUCUGAUCACAACCAGAGUCCUCGGAACAUGUACCAGUGCCAGAUGGGGAAACAAACGAUGGGCUUUCCACUUCUCACUUACCAAGCUCGAUCAGAUAAUAAAUUGUAUCGUCUUCAGACUCCACAGAGCCCUUUAGUGAGACCAUACAUGUAUGAUUAUUAUGAUAUGGAUAACUAUCCAAUUGGGACAAAUGCCAUCGUUGCUGUUAUUUCGUACACUGGCUACGAUAUGGAAGAUGCCAUGAUUGUCAAUAAGGCCUCCUGGGAACGAGGCUUUGCCCAUGGAAGUGUCUACAAGUCUGAGUUCAUAGAUCUCUCUGAAAAAAUUAAACAAGGAGAUGAUAGUCUGGUGUUUGGAGUCAAACCUGGUGAUCCACGGAUUUUGCAGAAGUUAGACGAUGAUGGGUUGCCAUUUAUCGGAGCACAGCUGCAGUAUGGAGAUCCGUACUACGGUUACCUGAACCUCAACACCGGGGAAAACUUUGUGAUGUACUAUAAGAGUAAAGAAAAUUGCAUUGUGGAUAACAUCAAAGUGUGUAGUAAUGACACUGGCAAUGGGAAAUUCAAGUGUAUUUGCAUCACGAUGAGAGUCCCUCGGAACCCAACUAUCGGAGACAAAUUCGCCAGUCGUCAUGGGCAGAAGGGCAUCUUGAGCAGGUUGUGGCCAGCUGAGGACAUGCCGUUUACCGAGAGUGGGAUGGUCCCAGACAUUUUGUUCAAUCCUCACGGCUUUCCCUCCCGCAUGACCAUUGGCAUGUUAAUUGAGAGCAUGGCUGGGAAGUCUGCGGCUCUGCACGGUCUCUGCCAUGAUGCUACGCCCUUCACCUUUUCAGAGGAGAACUCAGCCCUAGAAUACUUCGGUGAGAUGUUGAAAGCUGCUGGCUACAACUUCUACGGCACCGAGAGGUUGUAUAGUGGCAUCAGUGGGCUAGAACUAGAAGCAGACAUUUUCAUAGGCGUGGUUUAUUAUCAGCGUUUACGCCACAUGGUCUCAGACAAAUUCCAGGUUAGAACGACGGGAGCCAGAGACAAAGUCACUAACCAGCCUAUUGGGGGAAGAAACGUCCAGGGUGGAAUCCGUUUUGGGGAAAUGGAACGGGAUGCUCUUUUAGCUCACGGUACGUCUUUUCUCCUUCAUGACCGCCUCUUCAACUGUUCAGAUCGAUCGGUAGCGCACGUGUGUGUGGAGUGUGGUAGUUUACUCUCUCCACUGUUGGAGAAGCCACCCCCUUCUUGGUCUGCCAUGCGCAACAGAAAGUACAACUGUACUUUGUGUAAUCGCAGUGAUACUAUUGACACUGUUUCUGUGCCUUACGUUUUCAGGUAUUUUGUAGCUGAACUGGCAGCUAUGAACAUCAAAGUGAAAUUGGAUGUCAUUUAACUUGAUGUGGCCUCUUGGGUUAGGAAAACUGUCAGAUUAAUAUAAGAUAGAACUUAGUACAAUGACGAUAUUACUCGGUUACUCUGGAGUUUUUCUAAGGGUGUUAGAGUUUUUAACUAAGACCUAGCAACUAAGAAUUCAGGAUUUCUGAGUCUGUCCUGUAUAAGAACUACUGAAGUUGAGUUUUAACACAUUUGUUCAAAGUAUGUUUAAAAAAUGAUACAUUGGUAAGUAGAAGGAUAUACAGGGAAAUCUUUCCGACCUCAGGUUCUUUGUAUCCCAUUUUCAGUAGGCAAUGACCGUCAGACAUUGCUCCAGCCAGAGCAGAGCAGUCCAGUACAAAUAUAAUGCAAGCAAUAGAUGUAAUUUUAUAUUUUUUUGUAUCUACAUUAAAGUAAAAACAAAAGGUGAUCUUAUUGAAGUAUAAUUGUUCUACAAAACUGCACUGUAUUUAAUGUAUACAAUCUGAUGGGUUUGAACACAUGCAUACACCUGUGAAAUGAUCCUGAUCACGGUAAUAAACACCACUUCCACAAGAUUCCUUGUGCCCUUCGGGGUCGUGUAUGUUUGUUUUUGGUUAAACACUGAACUUGACAUCCACCCUCUUAAAUGCUUACGUGUACAUUGUAGUAUUGUUAACAGGCACAGCGUCAUACAGCAGGUCCUACUAUUCACUCGUCUUGUGUUUAAGUGGAAUUGGACACCCAUUCAACAGCAACUGCCCGUUCCCCUCUCCCACCAGCUCCUGGUGGCCAUCAUUCUAGUGAGUUUGACGAGAUACUUCGUGUAAGUGAGGUCGUGUGGUAUUUGUGCUUCUGUGACUGGCUUAUUUCAUUUAGCAUAAUGUCCUUCAGGUUUACCUGUGUUGCUGCAUCUGGCAGAAUAUCUGAAUAAUAUUCUGUGUUAUGUAUAAGGCACAUUUUAUCUGUUCAUCUCUUCAUGGACAUUUAGAUUGUUUCUGUAUCUUAAGAAAUGUUCAUAGACUAUAUUUUAUUUAAUGUAAUAUAGUCAAAAUGCCAUUUCCACACGUAAUAAACAAUUUAUUGAGAUA